AUGGCCAAGACCAUGACUGACAUCAUUGCCCUCCUUUUUUCGAUUGUGCUCCUUCGGCUAGGUGACGGUCAUGGUGAGGAUCGUGAUGCUUUUGGUGAUCAUGUCUUUUGUGGUGUGGUUCCUUAUGACUUCCAUGACUAUGACCAUGUCCACUGUGAUGAUGGCCGUGACCCUUGGGCUCUGAGUCUCGUGGUCGUGACUUGUGGCUCCUCGAAUGAUAAUGCUCUUGAGGAUAAUAAUCGGGGUACGACAUUGCAGGUGUCAUUUAAGAGAUUACUGCAGGUGAUGGGAACGUGA